AAUCUACACCAUGUCUGGAAGACCAAUUUGCAUUGCUGAUUUUGAACGCUAUGCUAAGAAAUUUCUCCAAAAAUCUGUGUAUGAUUACUAUAAGUCUGGGGCUGAUGAUCAACAGACAUUAGCUGAAAAUGUAGCUGCAUUUUCAAGAUUAAAACUAUAUCCCCGGAUGUUGAAAAAUGUGUCAACCCUGGACCUGUCAACUUGUAUCUUGGGCGAGAGAAUCAGUAUGCCAAUAUGCGUUGCUGCAACAGCCAUGCAGUGCAUGGCUCACACAGAUGGGGAAAUUGCAACUGCUAGAGCUUGUAGAUCAGUGGGAACAGGGAUGAUGCUGAGUUCAUGGUCCACAACAUCUAUAGAAGACGUUGCUCAGGCAGCCCCGCAGACGAUUCUCUGGUUGCAGCUCUAUAUCUAUAAGGACCGCGAGGUCACGAAGUCCUUAGUGCGUCGGGCGGAAAAAGCUGGAUACAAAGGCAUUUUUGUGACUGUGGACACCCCGUAUCUUGGAAAACGCUUAGAUGAUGUACGCAAUAAGUUUCGUCUGUCUCCACAUCUCAGAAUGAAAAAUUUUGAGACAAAUGAUCUGGCAUUUUCAUCUGAGAAGGGUUAUGGUGAAGACAGUGGUCUGUCGGUUUAUGUAGCAGAGGCCAUUGAUCCCUCAAUUAACUGGGAUGAUUUGAAGUGGCUCAGAGGACUGACUUCAUUGCCCAUCAUUACUAAAGGAAUCCUCCGAGCUGAUGAUGCUAGAGAAGCAGUAAAGAUUGGUGUCGAUGGGAUUCUGGUGUCGAAUCAUGGCGCACGUCAGUUGGAUGGCGUUCCAGCUACUAUUGAGGUCCUGCCUGACAUAAUAGAAGCUGUGGAAGGGAAGGCUGAAGUAUUCCUAGAUGGUGGAAUAAGGAAAGGCACAGAUGUUCUCAAGGCCCUUGCUCUUGGAGCCAGAGCAGUCUUUGUAGGAAGGCCUAUAAUCUGGGGUCUUGCCUACCAGGGUGAAGAAGGUGUGAAGGAAGUUCUUCAGGUAUUGAAAGAAGAGUUUAAAUUAGCAAUGGCACUCUCUGGUUGUCCAAGUGUACAAGCAAUCGACAGAACAUUGGUAUGGAGAGCUCAGUGGGAAGCUUCCAAGAUGUAGCUGCAUUUGUCGCAUGAACCCCAACUGGUUGCAUAUUUGUUGUUACUUAUCAAGGAUUUGGAACUGAAAAUAGAUGAAAGCUUCCAGGACAAAUUUUAGUUGGAACUCCCUAAGUUGUUUCUUCUGCAAAUAUACCAAAUAUAUCAAUCUUUUUUUUAAUGACUAGAGUAGUCUAUACUGGUAUAUAUCAUAAGAAUGAUGUUAGACAUUUAUAUCCUCUUAAAAAUCAGUGCUGAAUGGAUUUCAUUACUUUUGAAGAACGUUGCCCAGCCUAGAGUGGUCUUGGAUAGGACUUUAUAAAGCAUUAAUGACAAAAGUUGCAAGUUUUCUGAUGGACUGAGAUUUACUAAACUGCAGUUGUACAAAUAUUGGUAAUGAUGCUUUGAAGUUGUUGGCUCACAUGACUGGAAGCAGUUGAGCUCUAAAUUAACAGUAAGCAGCUGUUUAUAUGGCACAUAAUAUAAAAAUAAUAUUUAUAGUCUGAAAUCCACAGGAUCCUUCUUAGUGCUUCAAAUAUUGAAUCAAACCCAAACUCUAGUUGCUAAACUUAGCACCCUAGCAUUCUCUUUCCCUUUGUCAACUCUAGUGCAGGAAAGCAAAGCAAGUUUUUUGCCGCUGGAUUGCUGAGGUUAUGGAGAAAAGGAGCUAUGCCAAAUGCCUUUUUAUGUGUGUACACACAGUUACAAGGGGAAAUAUUUGCAGUGACCAUUGGAAUCAUCUUCCACCUCAGAUCUUCUCUAACAUCAACGCCAAACAUUAGACCAGGGAUGUAGCUUCCCAUGUUCCCAAAUGACCACCCAAAGUGUGGCAGGUGGUGGGACAAAUGGGCCCAGUGUGACCCCCUUUGCUGACAUUUACAUGGCAGCCAGAGCCCAUGGGGACUGAUGCUGCUUCCCACAGCAACCUUAACUUAGGGCAGGCAGGCAUGCACGUAUAUGGUUCCUGAGGCUAACUUGCCUGAAGAACGUUUACUUUUCUCCAACAAAAAUUGUGUGUUUUUUUCCAAGUAGGUGUGUUGAGUCAUUGAACUAGCAAAAGCACACUCAAUUUUAUUUUGUUACUUAUAAUAGUGGUAUGAUCUACAAGUAUAACAUUAAGUUUAAAUGCAAAAUAUGUAGGCUGAUCAACCCUUGUUGGCUUGUGUAGAAGAGGUAAGGAAGCAAGGAAUGAUGGAAGAAAAACAAUGCUUUAACAACUUUAGUAGUUUAACAGUUUUAAGAAAGAAAGUAUCUUCUGAUUUGGGAAGUAACCACUGUGAUUUCCUACUGUCUUUUUCUUGAAGAAGCAUUCAUAAUAUUCUUAUUGUAAAAAUAUCUAGGACCUGGGUAUAGCUCCUAAAAUGUGUCUUAUUUAAAAGCUAGAUAGGUUCAGAAGUAGAUUCAGAGCUUGUCAUUCUCCAUCAACAUUUUAGCUAUACGAUUCAUGUUUUUUUUCUAAUAAUUUUAUUAAAAGUUUUAGAUAGAAUAAAAGAAUGCAAGUGAAAGAAAA